AUGUGCUAUGCUAGUCUCCAAUCUAGAUCUCAAUGGGUGAAGCCACAUACAUACUUGGCCUUCAGCACCAUAGCUGCUCAAACUCACUGCUACAGUGUCAUCUCAAAUCAUGAUGAAACGAGACAUACCAAGCAACGUCCACAUUCCAAUCCCCGCAGCGCAGACAUCACCAGGAAUGUGCUCAGACAGGACUAUUUAAACUCAUUCAGCAUCCAUGCUAGACCAAGUUCACCCUUUCUUCCUAUUUACCAUUACUAUCGAAUACAUCCUACUAGUAUACCCGAAUACCCUAUAACAAUGAAGCCACCUACCAUCUUGGCCACCCUCCUCACCCUGACCUUAACUGGGCUAUCUGUGGCUGAUAAGACCUGCACCCCGAGCUUUGAUUACUGCUCGGAUGUGCUGUUGAAUGAUAAGGGCUUCUCUCAAUCUGAUCUGACAGACGCCCUCCAAGGCACCGGAUAUGAGAACCAAAACCUGACCAACAUCCUCUUCCACUGUACGAAUCCGGGCCAAGUUGGCCAUGCUAAGCUGUGUGAUAACGGAUGUGUGGACCCUCCUCAGGAGGGCAGCCAUGGAUGUGAUGGUUAA